GAGGCCGCCGCCGGCGGCGAAACCCGUGGGCACACAGAGCAGCAGCGACGGCGUCACCCCCCCAACCCUCACUCCCCCUCCCCGCUGGUAUUUAUCUUCCUUGCUGACGAGAGCUAAUUCGAUGGUGGUUGUGUGCAGGAUUUCCUCGUCCGCCUGAAGAUGCUGGCUCCGAAGCGGUCGGAGACGGCCGUCCACGCUAACCUCGCCGACGCGCUCGAUCUGCGCAUGCUGCGGGAUCUCGCACACAUGGAUUGGUGUCUUCUUUACUUGCACCCAGCUCAUGACUUGCUGUUCUGGCUUUAGGAAUUUAUUCCUCAGAGCUCAUAGCUUUGACUUUGAGAGGAAAUUGUUUGAGGUCUGGGAAUGUCGACAGGUCUGGCUGGCAAUGUGCUACCAAGUCAAUACCAACUAAAACUUGCCAAUGUUUUCUGAGUUAAAGCCUGAAAGUCAAAACAUUAAGACGCAACAAGUUGGAUUAUUCCAUCAUUUAUCAUGGAGGCAGCAAUGACAAGUUGCUGACAGAACGUGGAGGGCAGCAACUAGUCUAGCUAGUACAAAGCCUAUAUAUACAUUUAACUUGGAUAGGAACCGCAGCAGCACUUCAGCAACAGCAACCCAGCACAGCUAUUUGCAGAUGGUGAUACAAGCCUCUCAACCGUCCUCCGCGGAUCCAACAGAUGCCAGGGGCGAACCUGCCUCUCAGCCUGAAAAGUCAAAGGUUGAGGAGGAGUUGAAGAAAGCAGCUACACAUCGGUCUCGGCCUAGCUGCUAUUAUUACUAUUACUUCAAUGAAGGAGAUCCUCAGAAUUAUUCUGAUGAUUUGGAGAUGGAACAAGGACUAUUACCUGUUGUUAUGUUCCCAGAUAAACAGGUUCAGGUCGAGGAGUGGAAGAUAGAAGCACAACAGUUUGAGACUGAUUUUGGCGAGAUGGAAAUGAAGAUUCAUAGGUUCCCUGCAAGCAUGCGGAGCCUUGGACGGCGUUAUAUCCUCCCAAUGGCUGUGAGCAUCGGUCUUUACCACCAUGGCUCAAGUAGCCUGCAUGAGAUGGAGAAGGUGAAGCGUGUGGCUACACACCACUUCAUCAGUUACUCAGGCCGCUCAUUUGAGGAGAUGUAUGCGGCGGUCUUCUCCGUCAUAGGUGCUGCCCGCAGCUUCUACGACACAAAGGAUUCCAAGGUCGACGUAGGAGAUGCUGAAUUUGCGGACAUGAUGUUCAUCGAUGGUUGCUUCUUGCUGCAGUAUAUGCUUAUGUGUACCGGCCUUGGCAAGCUGCCUCCGUCAUUAUUGUCUUGCUUCAAGUCCAACGAGGCUUGCAUCAUCAAUGACAUAAUGCUGCUCGAGAAUCAACUUCCCUGGAUGGUGGUCAACAUCCUAAGGACGUUCAGGUCCGUGCCUGUGGAGGAGUUUAUCGGUAAGAUGGGACCCACACUCCAAAUCCGUGGGGACAUGCACAGGAGACCAGUUGUGAUGGAUGCUUGCUACAUGCCGCCACAUCUUCUUGGCAUCCUCCUGUUCUACAAAGCCGGAGGCAUAAAUAAUAAUGUGCCCCUGUCUGUUCCAGAUGGUUUUAGAUCCAUGUCAAAGAGUAUUAGCGCCAUUGAGCUUGCAGAGAUUGGCAUUAAGCUCACAGCCGGCAAGACGACAAAGUUCAUGGACACGGGCAUCAAGAAAAUAUUCCUCUCUGCCGAGAUCUUCCUGGCGCCUCUGUUGCUGGACGACAUAAGGUCCUGCUGGCUUGUCAACAUGGCGGCUUUCGAGGUAUGCCUGGGCAUGGCAGCUGGUGCUCAUCAAAGUACAGCAGUCGUCUGCUCCUACCUUGCUGUCCUCGCCAUGCUCAUGGAUCGGGAGGAGGACGUGCACGAGCUGCGAUCCAAGCGCCUGGUGCAGGGAGAAUUCACCAACAAAGAGACGCUUGACUUCUUCAAGAUGCUUGUCAAGUGCAUAAGUGGCGGCCCCCUCUACAUUCAAAUCAUGGAGGAGGUUGAGGCCUACAAGCUCAACAGGUGGAUGUGGAUCAAGGUGCACCAGUUCGUCUACAAAAACUUCAAAGCAAUCGUCACGGUGCUCUCCAUCACUGGUGUUCUUGUGGGCAUCUUCAAGGCUAUCCUCUCUCUCAAGAGACACUAGCUUAAUUUACAUGUCUUCGA